UUCUUUUUAAUACGGUCACGUCUCCUAAUUUUAGCUGACUCACAGAGCACAUUAGACUGUUGAACGGACUACUUUUGGUUGCUGGUGCUCAUCCAGACCCCUCCGCUCAGCUGCGGUGGGAGCGGCUGGAAUAACCUUGAUGUGAGCCAGUAGAUCGGCCGGAGAGAAGAGCGAGAGGCUGAACCGUGAAGCGGCGGAAGAUCAGCGACUGCUGGCGUGAACAUGGCGGAGACCGUACGCUCGCUCUUCGAAUACCGAGACCUACAUAGCGACAUAGAAGGUGUCAAACAGGCGCCGCCAACACGGGGGCGUGGCUGUGGAAGGAAAAGAAAAGGGACACCCGUGAAAGUCUUUGUCACACACACGGAGGAAGAGAGCAUGCCUGAACACAGCUUCAGCCCAGGUGAUCGGAAGGACGCAGGAGAAAAUAAACGGCCUGUACCGGACGGACCUUCCUACAGCACCGAACCUGCUCCUCUCAGCUGUUCAUCACAGCACUGUCAGGAUAAAGUCUCUGUUGGAUCCAAGGUCAGCUCCUGCUCCGCCUCCACACCAGCUCCAGCUGCCUCCUCGGCCCCAACCCCAACACCUGUACCUGCUCCUGCCCCGGCCACCACAGCUUCAGCUCAGGCCCUCUCUAUGACUCCUGCAUCCACAGCUCCAGCUGCUCCUACAGCCUCCGCUCCAGCUCCAACAGCCAGCUCCUGCCCUCCUUCCCCGAACUGCCGUAUACGAGAAGUCCACUGUGGCAGCCAAGUGCGAUUGGUUGUUAUUGCUAUUCGAGACAUCACCAAGGGGGAGGAGAUCACCGUCGACUAUAGCCUGACAGAGUGGGGGGAAAAUCUGGGUUUCCGGACCACUGUGUCUCCUGCACAACACGAGUGUAACUCUGACACUGAGAAUAACAACAACAUCAAAAAGGAGGAUGAGCCUCUCUCUCUGACAGCCCAGCAGCAGCGGCAUCAACAGCAGCAACAGGAAUAUGUCACCCCCUCUUGGUCCCUCUCCCCAUCCUCCUCCCCCAUCUCCCACUCUGACGCUAGUGACUCAGACGCUGCAGAUGAGGACAACUGCAGCCCACGCGGCCGUGCACUUCGACGGAGGAAGAAACGUCGCACCACUCCAUCCAAGAAAAAGAUCCCCAAUCGGACCCCAACUGGGCGUUCCCCACCAGUGUCUCCCACCAGCGUUCCUCUCAACCGUCCACUUCCUUCAUCCCAUUCUCCAGUGCAACCCUCUCCCCCUUACUCGUCUUCCUCCUCUUCCUCUUCUGCUAAGCCUGUCUUCAAACAUCCAGCUCCGCUCAGUUCUGGCCCCACAGGAAACACCACCACAAAUGCCCCGAGAGGCAGGGUUUCCAUUGACUCCAUGCGCCAAACCUGUGAACACUGCGGACGCCACUUUCGCUCCUUGGGCCGCCACUUAGAUAAACACCACGCCCACCAGCCUGAUGUGUGCUCUGCCUUAGUUGAGCGCUACACCCAAAUGCCCCAUCUGCAUGCACAGAGCCCGAACUCCGCUAUAGCCUUCACACACACUGAGCAACCCUCCAAGUUUUCCCAUGCCCGAGGACAAAGUCGCUGCUCAGACCCUGCACAGAGUGGGGUCCAGGACCUAUCCAUGUCUCCACCCACUCUCACAGCGGCCAGCCAGUCCCCUACCUCUUCUGGAAGGAACUCUACCCCACCUGUGCUGACUCCUCCCCGAGGACAAAAUGCAGUGCCGGUGUCUGUCUUAAAGAGGAGCCCACCCCCUUUGGCUGUGACGCAGUCCAGGAAGGGAGCAGUAAGGAAACUCAAGAAAGGAAGACAAAUGGAGGAAGAGGAGGAUGAAGAUGAAGAUGUGGAAGUUGUUGUGGUAAAGAGGUCCAAAGAGGAGGACACAGAGCCGAUGAGCCCUCAGUCCUUCAGUAUCAAAUCAUCCAAAGAGAUUGAGCCACCUAAGAAGGAAGAGGAAGAAGAGGAUGAGGAAGAAGAGGAUGAUGAGGAAAAUGGAGUGAUGGAAGUUGAAGAUGACAGUGGGACAGAGGAAAAAGAGAAGGAGUUGCUCAGUUCAGGGCGACACCACAUGUUGCCCCUCCUCUCGUCCCUGUCCUCUCUGGUUCUUUACCUCCGGCGGCUUCAGCACUCAGCCUUCUUGUCCCUUUCUCGGCAGCUGCAAUCUGCAGAGGCCUGGCGCCUCCUCUGCCACUCCAGUCUGGCUCUUCUCAUCCUGUAUAACCGGCGACGUGAGUGUGAGGUCUCCAAGCUGUCCAUUGCUGAAUAUCGUGCACGUGUGACUCCUCAGUGUCCUGUUCCUGUCCCACCUGGUGCUCCUCCAGCUCUCACACCAUUGGAGGCUUCCCUUUCCCCUUUUGAGCGACUAGUACUUCCUCAUCUACCUAGAGUCGGGGUCCAGGGUAAGCGUGGACGCGUCCAGCCCCUCAUCCUCCCACCUCACUGUGAGCCCUGCCUGGAGCUUCUCUUACAGACACGACAGGACGUAGGGGUUGACCCUGCAAACCCAUAUGUUUUUGCCCGGCCCUACCACUCACCUGCCACACCCCUGCGUGGUACUGAUCUCCUUCGCAGCCUGGCUCGUUCCAGUGGGACCCGCAAUCCCCGUGCCCUGACCCAAACCAGGGUUCGCCGGCAGGUAGCAAUCUUAACCCAGCUGUUACUUCUAGGAGAAGGGGAGGAUCCCAGGCAGCCAGGAGGCAGUGCUGUGGAGAGGUUGGAGCACUUCCUUGAAAGAGAGUACCAUGUGACGCAGAACUGUGCUGGAAUUGGCCAAGACCCAGGCCUGAUGGGCAGAGUGGGCCGAGUGGUACUGUGUGGAGAGAGAGAUGGAGUGCUGUUCAGAGGAAUGAGCCUGAACCACAUUUGUCUGGAGCUGGACGUAAUGUCAGGAAACUCGGCAGACUCGUACUCCGAAGGCGAGUCUGAAGGGGAGCAUGUCAAGGAGAAGUCCGAGACAGCCACCCCUGCCCCUGCUCUGAGCCCUCCACCUACCUUACUGUACGUCAGGAAGGGCAAGAACAACGGACGGGUAGGAAGGCCCAAGAAGCUCAAGAACAUCCAGCCUCCUCCUCCGCCUCCUCCGCCUCCACCCCCACCUUCAAACCGUAGGAGAGGCUCAGGAAAGCGAGGCGUCCUGAAGCGUCCCUGGUCAGAGGCGGAGCGUGCGGCAGUGGAGGAGCACCUGACCCAGAACAUUAAUGAGCUUCGAGUCCCUGCUAAGGCUGACUGUGAGCGCUGCCUGCAGCAGUGCCCCCUGCUGGUCAACAACCACCGCGACUGGCGUGCCAUCAAGUUUUACUGCCACAAUCGUAUUCAACUGCUAAAGAAAAAUCAGCGACGUGAAAGCGAGCCCCAGCCCCUCACUGUUUGCUGAGGAAGAGAACGGGGAUCAUUCAUGUGUAGUUCAAAGCAGCUGAUCAGAGCAGAAUCUCAAAUGGUACCAGGAAAUGCACUUGUUUUCAGAGUCCUAAAUUUCACCCUGCCAGUGUUCUACUUUGACACAUGAUUGCAUUACAUUUUGAGCCCAUAGAAAACAGAAAUUUAGUUUU